UUGUUUUAGACUAGAUGUUGGGUUAUCUUCUCCCUUUCACAAUAUCUCAUAGAAAGGAGAGAACUUCAAAAAUGAAUAAUCCUACUUCUUCUCUUGUUUUUUUUAUUUUUCUUGUUAAUCUUUACUUGUCUAUGUGAAAUAACCGCAAAAGGGGAUGAAGCUGAUACUAAGAUUAAAACUUCUACUUGGGACACAAGCCACACGAUGACCAUGAACUUAUCACCUAUUCACACCAUGACAUUUUAGGUCAAGUGGUUGGGAGAACUUAUUUUCGUCAUGCAGUCGGGAAGAAGCUAAAAAACGGAUGGUGUAUAGCUAUAGAUAUGGCUUCUCUGGGUUUGCUGCUACGCUCACCGAUUCUCAAGCCAAACAAAUUGGAGAAUUGCCUGGUGUGGUUCGAGUUAUACAAAACCAUCGUUACAAGACUCAUACGUCAAGGAGUUGGGAUUUUUUGGGUCUCUCUAAAAAUGAUCCCAACAAUCUUCUCAACAAAACAAAUCAGGGUGAUGGAGUCAUAAUUGGCAUUUUAGAUACAGGUAUAUAUGGAGACUCAGAAGCUUUUAACGAUAAAGGGCUAAGGUCCAAUUCCAUCUCGAUGGAAAGGUAAUUGCAAAUCUGAAAAAAAACUUCGUUGCCACAAAACAUUGUAACAGAAAAAUCAUUGGAGCUCGUUGGUACAUAAAAGGGUUUAUGAAAGACAGGAAUCUAAAUCCGACAGUGGUCGAAAAAUCUAUUAAUUUAUCACCAUUAGAUGAGGAAGGACAUGGUACACAUGUUGCCUCUACAGCCGCUGGUUCUUACGUUAACAAUCUUCAAUUCUAUGGUCUUAAUAUGGGGACAGUACGAGGUGGAGCACCACUUGCACGGUUAGCUAUGUAUAAGGUAUGUUGGAAAUAUAAUUGAACUGCGCAUUGUAGUGAUGCUGAUCUUCUUGCCUGUAUUGAUGAUGCUAUAAACGAUGGGGUUGACGUAUUGUCAGCAUCUAUUUGUAGAGAUGGUGUUAAAUCUGCUGAAGUUAAUCUCGAAAAUCUUAUGGGGAUAGGAUCUUUCCAUGCUGUAUCCCAUGGUAUACCUUUUGUUGCUGGUGGAGGAAAUAACGGGCCUGAAUCAAGCACUAUCAGCAAUACUUCUCCAUGGUUGAUAAAUGUUGCUGCUAGCAAUGACGAUAGAGAAAUUGUUACUCCUUUAACACUUGGUAACAACGAGACAAUACUAGCCUCUCUAAGGAUUUUUUAAAGGAAAGGAGCAAGCCUUUGCUCCUUUGGUCAUUUUUCCAGCUAUAAAAAAUAAUGUAGAAGUUGAAUCCAUUGCCAAUGAAGUGAAAGGGAAAGUUCUAAUGCUUUUCUUUCAAAACAAAGAGGAAAUGGUUCCUUCUUUGUCAGCUCUAAAUAAUACUGGGGUUUUGGCUCUUAUUGUUUCUACUUCCCCCCAUCUUGAUGAAAUCAAUGACUAUUAUCAAACUUAUGGUGUCCCAAUACCAUUUUAUUUAGUUGAUGUGGAGGCAGGAAAUCAAAUAUUUAAUUAUUUUCAACAAUGUAAAUAUAAUAAUCAAGAUCCUAUGAUUAAAUUGGGUCAAUCUCAAGUUCUUGAGGGCAAUGUGGUAUCUCGUAAGGUGCCUAAGUUCUCAGCAAGAGGCCUAAAUUCCUUUGCCCCAAAAAUUCUGAAGCCGGAUGUUGCUGCUCCUGGCGUAAGUAUACUUGCAGCAGUUCCUCCUCAUGAAGGAGACAAUGGUUUCAACACGUAUUCAGGAACAUCCAUGGCAACUCCUCAUGUAUCAGGAAUUGUUGCACUCCUUAAAGCUGCACAUCCUAAUUGGUCUCCUGCAGCUAUGAAAUCCGCACUUGUAACUACAGCAUGGAACGAAGACACACAUAGAUCUGAAAUCUAUUCGGAAGGGGCAGGAGACAAACUUGCUGGUCCAUUUGACUUUGGAGGCGGCAUUUGUAAUCCAAAUGGAGCAACGGAUCCUGGUUUAGUCUAUGAUAUGGAUAAAAAUGAUUAUUUGAAUUAUCUUUGCAGUUUGGGUUAUACUAAUGAUAAGGUUCACAAUGCAACUACAUUACUUUCCGAUACGAAAAAUUCUACUGCAGCAGGUAUUACAUGUCCUAAUGAAGUACCUUCUAGGCUGGAUUUGAAUCUCCCUUCAAUAUCUGUUCCAAAUCUUAAUUAAGAAUUCAGUUAUUGUCAGAAGAACUGUUACUAAUGUUGAAAAUGUCAACUCUGUAUAUAAGCUAUUGGUUAAACCUCCUAGAAAUACUGCAAUCAAAGUGAGUCCAUAUGUCUUGAAGUUCAAUUCCAAGACAAAGAAGAUCUCCUUUGAGGUCAAAAUCACAUCUACUCACCAAGGAGGGAGAAAAUUUAACUUUGGUAGUUUGUCGUGGAUUGACGGCAAGCAUUUUGUUAGAAUUCCUAUUGCUGUGAGAAAAUACUAGAGGUAUUGAGAAAAAGGUACCAAAUUUAGCUUCAGUAGUGUGGCAGGGAGUGAUG